UCUUGCCUGCCACAGGUGAUGUCAUAAGGGGAAAGGCCAAGGAAGUAGGGACUGGAGACUGAGGUGGGAGGGGGAGUGUGAGUUGAGAGGGAGGUUAUGUGAAAAUUGGGAGAGUUGGUGAGAAAGAAUGGAGAAACACCAGAGAGGGGGUUAGACAGAGUGGACACAGAGAUACAGGGAGUCAAAAGUGAGACUGUGUCAGUGCAAGAUGCUUCACACCACUCCCCAUCUGCAAUGAAGCAGCACCAGAGCAGUACUGGUUAAAUGGGUAGGAGCUAGAAUCAACCUGUCAGCCAGCACGGACUGACACAGAAAACCAGCAUACCUGCUCCUGCUGCAAUAGCUCCGCUCGUCACCCCUUUGAUAAUCACUCCUCCCCCACCCCAAUGAAUUUCCCCGCACUAACAACAAGGGGAGGGGGAUCAGAGCAGACAGGGAUCAGCAGGGGGAGCACAUGAGACGGAAGCUAUGAAGGGCCAUAUCUGAGAGGGAGUGAGAGAAAAGGAGCGCACUGUGCUGUCAAGAAAUUUUUGGCAGAACACCACCGCAUCAUGUCUCAAACUGGAGAGAAAGUCAAGUUUUCUGAUUCCGCUGGCUAUGUGGUAUUUGCCAAUCUGCCAAAUCAGGUCCACAGAAAAUCUGUGAAGAAAGGCUUUGAAUUUACCCUUAUGGUUGUGGGCUUAUCUGGAUUGGGAAAAUCGACCUUGAUAAAUAGUUUGUUCUUAACCGCCCUCUAUCCUGAACGAUAUAUACCAGGUGCUGUAGAGAAGAUUGAACGCACUGUUCAGAUUGAAGCCUCCACUGUGGAGAUAGAAGAACGAGGAGUGAAACUGCGUCUCACUGUGGUUGACACACCAGGAUAUGGUGAUGCCAUUAACAGCCAGGAUUGCUUCAAAACCAUUAUCCACUACAUAAACAAUCAAUUUGAGCGAUACCUUUACGACGAGAGCGGUCUUAACAGGCGGCACAUCAUUGAUAACCGUGUUCAUUGCUGCUUUUAUUUCAUCUCACCUUUUGGACAUGGAUUGAAACCGUUGGAUGUGGCGUUCAUGAAAGCCCUUCAUGGAAAGGUGAACAUCGUUCCUGUGAUCGCAAAGGCAGACACUCUGACCUUAAAAGAGAGGGACAGGCUGAAAAGGGGGGUCCUGGAUGAAAUUGCAGAGCAUGGGAUCCGCAUUUAUCAGCUCCCAGAUGCAGACUCUGAUGAAGAUGAAGAAUUCAAAGAGCAGACUCGGGUGUUAAAGGUGAGCAAUCCUGUAUCUGUAUUUUUCUCAAAUAUGGGUAUGCAGACCAGGUUGAGUUUGGUAUUCAGCCAAUGCUUAGCACCUUGGGAUUAAGCGCAAGUUCCUUCUAUUGUACACAGGACACACAUGCAAGAUCUCCAAGAAGUAACUCAGGAUCUUCGCUAUGAAAACUUCCGGUCAGAAAGACUGAAACGCACGGUCAAGUAUCCAGUGGAAGAAGAAGUCCUUGACAAAGACAUGAUCCUACAGCAGAAAGAAGCUGAAUUGCGGAGAAUGCAGGAGAUGAUUGCCCAGAUGCAGGUGCAAAUGAGGAUGAAGCCUUCUGGAGAAGAGUGAGGAGCAAUCUCACAAGAGUCUGUGGAUUAUGGCUGAACUUGGCACCCUCAAACAGUUGUUGGAAGAUGCAGCCCUCCAGCGGUUCAUCAUCUCCGUCCUCCACCCGCAACUUCUGUCUGUCCUUUAUUGAGUGUUUGCUUUUGUCUGUGAUAACCAUGUACAGGUAUCUUGUCUGAAUUAGUGUCUUUUUUUAGACUCACUUCUAUAAUAUGAAAAACCUGCACACAGCACUCCAACUCGAGUCUUCUAUCCAGGAAAAAGAAUCUGGUUGAGUAAUUUCAGAAGUGAAAAAUACGGGUGCAGGUAUCUUUGAGAAGCACAUUCCCAUCUUCCUGUAGGCCUUGAGGAUCCAGCUGCUGGCUCAGUACAGAUGGGCCUGUUCCAUUCACUGGCGAUGGCUAUUAGCACCUGAAUAAAUCCACAGCUUUAACAGGGUUUUAGACUUUUAUACAUCAGGCUGACAUUUGGUAUGUAAAAGUAUCUAAAUGAUAUAAUUUGCCUCUUUAAUACCAUUUGUUUCAGUCACUUAACAUGUAAUAGUGAGCUAAUGCAUUCUGCAGUAAUGAGUCCAGUUUGCAACUGGCUGCUGCAUUUAACAGCCCUCUCACAUAGGACCACAAUAUUUAUAUCUAUGAUGUGUAGAAACAUGUAGAAUGUGGAUAUCUUUUUAAUCUUUUUUUUUUAUGAUGGUAACAAAAAACCGCCAGUGCCUUAACAAUAUUCAAUAAACCCGUAGUCUAGGUCCAAACAAUCACAGAAAUGAUCUGAAAAGGGAAAGGCUGCUGCUGUGAGUCUGGAAUAACUGCAGUUGCCAUUUGACUUGCCGGUAUGAUUUCUCCUCCCCUCCCAAAACAAAAACAAAAAAAAAACACAUACGUGAAAUAACAAGCAGUGGAAGGGUAAAAAGAUAAGGAUCAGACGUGCCUGAAUUAAAAUGCACCCUGUCAGCAUUCCCCUCCUCUCUGCUGAUAUCUCUCUGGCUUAUAAACUAAACACAGCACAGAACUGUACCCUGGAAGCAGUCAUAUUACGCCCACCAUUCCAAACUUAGUGCUCUGUUUUUUUUAUUUCACUUCUAGCCGAGACCACACUGCUGAAAUAUUUCAACUUUACCCUUCUGAUAAGGAUUAUUUGGCAUGCAGCACUUUACUAAUGACUGGUCUUCAUAUAGAAGCUUUUAUUAUUUACUGUAAGUGUUGGGCAGCAAAGGGAGAGUUAACAAGGAAUACUAAUUACAUGAUGCAGUUAUUAGCAAAAAGCAGUGUAUCAGAGACCUGUCUGUGUAGAAUCUGUCAGACGUGAGGGGGCUCAGAUGUAGGCUGGUUCUUUAAACCCUCUUUAUAUCAAUGUGCACUAUUACUUAUAUUCCUUCUACUUCCCACUACAGAGUAGUUGUCACUUGUUUCACAUCAUUUCUCUGGUCAUAGUAACUCCCCUCCUCUGACUUUGACACCAUAACCAGGGAAGGGUUAACCGCCAGCAAGCACUGGCUUGUUCUAUAUUAAACUUACGUAACACAUUCUUUCUGGAUUGACUUUUUUUAAGCAAGUGCAAAACCAUAACACAUGACCUCUCUGCUUCCUCUUCUCUUUCUUUUAUAAAUCUUUUAUAUACCCCAGAAAUAAUCGCUAAUAAACUGUACAGAAUAUACA